AUGGCCAUCGCCCUCACCGCGCCAGUCACCCCAGCCAUCCACACGCACCUUCGUGACGGCCCGCUCUCGCCGCUUCCUCCUGAGCUUCUUCUGCUCGUCGCUGAGCAGUCCCUCAGCCAAGCCGAGCUUGCGGCGCUCGUCCGAGUGAACUCCCUUUGGCACGAUGCGUGCGUUCCCGCCCUCUACCGGCAGAUCACGCUCGCGAGCUCUGCAUCCCCCGAGCCUGCUGUUUGCCCGGCAAAUCUGCACCGGUAUGCACGGCACGUGAGGGCUCUCGAUGUCCGGCCCCCGAGACCGGAGUGCGGAGAGCUCCCGCCUGCUCUGAGAGCACUCCGGCUCAGGAUGCACAAGCGCGGCGUCGAGCUCGGCGAUGUCAGCGGUGAGCUGCCGUUACUCGUGCUCGACCGACCGCCCCUGUUUGCAGGAUUCACCUUCCUCCCCGAACUGCCUACCGCCCGCCGAACAGCCGUCAUAAUCCGCCAACCCCCCGCCUCCACUGAGCCCCACCCCAGCGAGCUGUUAGCCCUUCCGCUCGGUCACCUUCUUCUCUCCCUCGGCGUCGACGCCCGAGCCCGACCCAACGUCGCUGUCCUCUUCGAUACCGGAGCGGAGGGAUACGAAUCUCGCGCCUCGCACUACAAGCGGCUGUACCACUUCCUCGCCUCGAAGGGCAGUCUGUCGCUGCUCGACCACUCUUCGAUGACGCCCGUAACAGUGGUGCUGCCGGACUGGGUGGCUCCCGAUGCCGCCUGCCUGAACGCACUGCGAACCGAGCUCCGCGCCCGUAACGCGAGCUUGCACGCUGACGACGCGGAGUGGACCGACAACGGUCUGACGAAACUCAGGCUUGUCAAGUUGUCCGAGUACCUCACCAGUGAGGAAAGCGACCACGUCUUUGCUCCUCAGGAGCGACGAAGGUGGGAGGAUGAGCUCGAGAGGCGAUACCUCGAAGCAGAUCCGAUGCACGGCAAGCCUCGUGCUGCUGUCACUCCCGACCGGAUCGCAUCCUGGCUCGCCGUUUAUCGCGAGGACCGCUAA